AUUUAGUUACAGUGCAAAUCAAUUUUUCUAACUUGUUCUUCGUCUCACCAGAUACCAUUUUCAAGCGAAUCUUAUUCCAGAACAACAAUUCAAAUACGAAAAUAGCUUCAUUUUAUCGAUUGUCGUUGGAUGUACGGUGGAACGUGAAUGGAAAUAUAAUGAAAUUACCGUAUGACAUAAGCAUAUUUGGAAUAAAUCAAUUUGUGUUUUGAGAUUUCGAAUCGCAUUGAAAAUGGAUACUGCACCAAGUCAGGACGGUGACAAUGUUAUUGGAGAGUUACAGAAAAAAUUGUCAGCCGUUGAAACUGACAACAAAAACAUACGGGACGAAUUUAAUAUGCAAAGAGCAAAGUUGAAAGAGCUAUUUUUGCAAAAAGAAGGCGAGUGCAAACGGUUGAGUGAACAAUUGGCCGAUUUACGCAAGGAAUUGAAUGAAACCAAAAGUCAAGUUGUGAUCGCCGAAUACAAACGAGAAACAGACAUCAAAAACCAAGAACGAAAAGCACAUGAAGAAAUAUCAUCUUUGCAACAUUUAGUUCAUGAAACUGUUGAAGAGUCAAGUUUUUUGAAGUCGGAAAUCGAUCGAUUGACCGCCGAAAAUGAACGACUUCGAGCUGAAAUAGUUCAUUCACAAUCAUCAGCAUCACCACAGCCACACGAAUCACAAUCAAGCACACCAAGUUUUGCACCAGUUUUAAGUCAUGUUAAGAAAACGUUAGUUAGAAAAUUAGGCGGCGAUUCGUCAUCAUCGACCGAAAAUCUAGAGGAUUCCAUGCGGAAGGUAACAAAAUAUGCACAAGAAGAUGCUGAAGUAUUGCGAUCACUAGUGAUUCCAUUGGAAGGUGAGAUCAAGGCGUUAAAAGAAAAGCUACGAAGUGCUGACGAAGAGAUUCAACAGUUACGUCAAGCUUCUGGUAUACAAAAUGAAAUCCCGUCGAGUUCAGCACUUGUUGGGAUGCUGAAUGAGAGUAAAAUAAACCAAAGUGAGACAACCGCAGAACCAAUAGCGGCAUCAACAGCCGAAACAAUUGGUGUCGAUUGUCAAAUGUGUAAAAAUUAUGAAUCACAAAUGGUGACUAUUCAGGCUGAAAAGGAUGCACUGAGCAAAGACAUUGAACGUUUCAACGAAGAACUAGCAAAAGAAGCGGCUUUGCGACACGAUUUGGAAAAUAAAUGGCAAGAGAAACGUGAAAAGUACAAUGAACAAGUUCAGCAAUUGACCAAACAAGUGGAUUACAAUGAAAGAGAAAUGUCUACACUCCAACGACAUUAUACUGCAUUCAAAGACGAGGUGAACGAAGAGUUCUCGAAAAUGACCAACGAACGCGAAAUGGUACAUCGUCAUUUAAAUACACUGCAAGACGACAAUGAUUUCUUGGCCGCACGUUACAUGGCUUCAGCCGAAGAAAUACAAAAUCAACUCAUCGAUUUACCAGACACGGUUGAAGCACUUCAGGAGCUCAUAUUGCAGAGUAAUCAAAGUUUGAUUGAAGCACGCGUUGGAUGUGAAUUUGAGCAACGGAAAUGUGCCACUUUUGCGGAUGAAACGCAAGUAUUACGCGAUCAACUACAAACAGCCUGGGCCGAACGUCAGGCAAAUGAUAGGGAUUUUACAGCAAGAAUCAAAGCGUUAGAAACACACCUUAAGGCCCAAGAGAGUGAACGAUUAAAACUACUGGAUUUGAAAGACAAAAGUGAAAAGAGAGAAAAUGAAUGGAACAAGGAGUCGUCCGACUUGCACGGUCAACUCAUUGAACUCAAUCAAACAAAGGAAAAACUUGAACGACAAAAUUUGGAGUAUAAAAAUAAAUUAACAGUACUACAACAGGAAUUGGAUAAUAGCGAAUAUGUACAAAAAGAUUUUGUUCGUUUAUCACAAUCGCUGCAGAUGGAAUUGGAAAAAAUACGAGCUGCAGACACUCAGGUGCGCUGGCAAGACGAUGAAGAUGUGGACGAGUGUCGCAGUUGCAAGGCGAAUUUCACUGUUACACGAAGAAAGCAUCACUGCCGUCAUUGUGGCUCAAUUUACUGUGAAAAAUGCUUAUCAAAAACGGUCGCAUCCGGCCGAAAUAACAAACCCGCUCGUGUAUGUGAUGUUUGCCACACGCUAUUAUCUAAGAACGAAGCGCCGUAUUUUAGCCAGGCACCUCCACAAUCACCUCACUAAGCAAGUAUUGUUUCAGCCUCGUGCUUUAAAUUUUCAAUCAAUUUUUUUUGACAAAUUUCCAGUUUUUAAAGUUAACAUUUUGUUUUCUUUCUGACAUAAGAUUGUAAAUAUAGCACGAUCAAACAUAUUGUUGAAUAUUUUGUCUCCUUUUUUUCGCAUUGACUAUUUCGCAAUUCUAUAUCAAGAAUAAAAAAUGAAUAAAAAUGACAAGUUUUUAAGAAACAUUCCAUUGAGA